GAAGAUGGUUAAUGUGAAGGAAGAAGCUUCAGGUGGGUUACAAUGGAAGGUAUGGAGGAGUAAUAAUGAGUCAUCUGAGCUACUAGUUCCAGAAUCUAGCCCCAUCCAUAGAACCUGGCUAGGGUUCUUGGGUUUGCUUGUUAAGUUCACUUCAAAAAUUGGGAAGUUCUUCAAGAAAGCCUGGAGUUUAGGGGUUGAAGAUCCUAAAAAAUUCAUCCAUUGUGUCAAAGUAGGGAUGGCUCUAACCAUAGUCUCACUCUUUUAUUAUAUGAGACCUUUGUAUGAUGGUGUUGGAGGGAAUGCUAUGUGGGCAGUCAUGACUGUUGUGGUAGUCUUUGAAUACUCAGUUGGAGCUACACUAUGUAAAUGCUUAAACAGAGUAACUGGAACUGUUCUUGCUGGAUCACUAGCUGUUGGUGUCCACUGGAUUGCUAGUCAGUCAGGAGACAGGUUUGGGCCUGUAAUUCUUGGAGCUUCAGUCUUCAUUUUAGCUUCAGCUGCAACUUUCUCAAGAUUUAUUCCUACAAUAAAAGCGAGAUUCGAUUACGGUGCUAUGAUCUUUAUCCUCACCUUCAGCUUGGUUUCGGUAUCGGGUUUUCGUGUUGAAAAAUUAUUGCAGAUGGCUCACCAAAGAGUGUCCACCAUUGCCAUUGGAACCUCUCUCUGCAUGCUAAUUAGCAUGCUUGUUUGUCCCAUUUGGGCUGGUGAGGAGCUUCACCUCCUCAUCACUCGUAAUAUGGAAAAACUUGCAAAUUCCUUGGAUGGAUGUGUGAUUGAGUACUUCAAGGAGAUGAACAGUGAUGAUGACAAUGUUGACAAUGAUGAUAAACCCAAUAAAAGUUUAUUAGGUUACAAAUGUGUCUUAAAUUCAAAAGGAGCAGAAGACUCUUUUGCUAAUUUUGCUAGAUGGGAACCUGCUCAUGGUAACUUCAAUUUUUCUCAUCCAUGGAAACAAUACCUUAAAAUUGGAGCAUCAAUGCGCAAUUGUGCUUGCUGUAUAGAAGCUCUUAAUGGUUGCAUUAAUUCAGAAGUUCAGGCACCUGACUUUGUAAAGAAGCUUCUUAGUAAUGCUUGCAUGAUAUUAAGCUCUCAUUCUUCAAGGGUAUUGAAGGAAUUAGCCAUUACGAUGACGACGAUGCAGAGAUCUAUUGAAGUAGAAUUAUCAGUUCAAGAGAUGAAAGAUGCAGUACAAGAGCUUCUAAAUGGUUUGAAGUCACUUCCUAGCUUACUCACUCCACCACCACCACCACCACCACCAUCACCAUCACCAUUACCAGAAGCACCUGAGGGGGAGAAAAAUAAAGAGACAAUUUCAACACCCAACAUUGUUGUUGUCCCUCUAAUGGAAGUUGUUCCUCUGGUCACAGUAGCUUCAUUAUUGAUUGAAAUAGUGGGAAGGAUUGAAGGGGUGGUUGAAGCAGUGAAUGAAUUAGAGAACUUGGCAGAUUUCAAGUCUGAGAUUGAAAAACCCAUCUCAGAUUACCAAGAACAACAAAACAUGAAAGCCCUUCAACAAGUUUGAGUUCUAAAUUAUUAAUUAAUUUAGACAAGAACAACAUCUCUUCCCAGGGCUAAGAGG